AUGGAGCGCGAGAAAUGCCAGCAGGGAACCAAGGCUGUGCUGGGGGUGGCCGUGUUCUUCUCGAUCUUGGUCACAGCUGGCAGCCUGCGAUGCUACCAGUGUGUGGGGAUGUUCCAGGAAUGCAUCGAGACGGAGCAACAGUGUACGAACAAGGACCGCUCCUGCUUUUCAUCCACUAUUCAACUUUUUGAUUUAAACAAGAAUGACAGCGGGGUCUUCAUGCUGCCUGACCUGGAAUUGGCUGAAUACGUGAUGAAAGGCUGUUCCGGGGAAGGUGUGGCCAACCGCACAUCCAACGUGCACUCGGAUGAGGAGCGGGAGGUACACAAGACAUACUACUGUGACUCGGACCUUUGCAACACGCACUUCACAGACAGUCCUGCCAGCAGCCCCCCGGUGGCCAACGGCAUGGAAUGUUACAGCUGCUACGAUCGAGGCACAGGCGAGUGUGCCCAGGAGAAUGCCACCCGGGUCACUUGUGUGGGCGACAUGGACCAGUGCAUGGAUUUCUCAGUGAUUGACGGCGCUCAGAAAGCAACCUACCGGACGUGCGCCCUGGAGACGCUGUGCCGCCGGCAGUAUGUGGUCCCGGAGCUCUCCGGCAGGGUGGAGAUCAGCUGCUGUUCCAGCCCUUUGUGUAACGAUGGCCGGCCUGGCCUGAAGAGUAUCUGCAGCCACUUUUCAAAACAAGGGAUCAAGCGACAAAACUGGAAUGGGUUGGAAUGCGCCAGCUGCUGUGAAACGGGGCGCGGCGAAUGUGCCUCGGGGAACUGGACUAGCAUCAAGUGUGUCGGGAACCAGCACAUGUGUGUGAACGUCACAGAGAAUGGCCAGACGCUGUUGCGUGGCUGCAGCUUGAAAAAGCUCUGCUGGGAAAAGCCGCACCUGCUGGGACUGAGCCGGAACGCCUCCAUCCAAUGCUGCUCCGGCAUCCUCUGCAAUGGCAGCGAGGGGCCAGUGGGAGGUGCUGCGCUGAUACACGUGUUGCUGUUGAGUGCUUUGCUGAUGGCACGUCUGCUCUGAUGUACAUGCGAGGUUGCGCUGCCUCCAAGAAAAGAUGGAAAGGGCAACAAGCCAAGACCCACACGGUGUGCAUGCCGCCCAUUCUACUAGCUGGUGUGCCCCCAGGACCCUUUUGACGUUACUGACAUUUGCCGUGGGUUGCAUGCACUGUUGCAUCGCAACUUCCAGCGCAACAGUCUUGCACUCAAGGGUGUGGCUGCUCAAAACUGAAUGUCUGCGCCCUCAUGGAUCUGUGCUCCCCAAUUUCCCAAGCAGCAGGAAGUUUCCCGGAAGGUUUCUUUUGAAGAAGAAA